AUGGAGGUGACUUCACAACACGAACUUAAGUUAAGUCUGAGGAAGAGGUAUCAGUGUGUGUUUGAAGGAAUAGCAAAACAAGGAAACCCUACACUCCUCAAUAAGAUCUACACAGAUCUUUUUAUCACAGAAGGUGGAAGUGGAGAGGUCAAUAAUGAGCAUGAAGUCAGACAGAUUGAGACAUCGUCCAGGAAACCAACAACCCCAGAGACACCAGUACAAUGCAAUGACAUCUUUAACCCCUUAGCUGGACAAGACAAACCCAUCAGAACUGUGCUGACAAAGGGAGUUGGUGGCAUUGGAAAAACAGUGUCUGUGCAGAAGUUCAUUCUGGACUGGACUGAAGGAAAAGCCAAUCAAAAUAUCAAGUUCAUAUUUCCACUUCCUCUUCGGGAGUUGAACUUGAAAAAGGAGGGGCAAUACAGUUUGAUGGAUAUUCUUCAUCACUUUUUCCCAGGAUCAAAAGGACUGACAUUUACAGACAACGACAAAAAGAAAGUUCUUAUUAUUUUCGAUGGUCUGGAUGAGUGUCGACUUCCUCUUGAUUUCCAGACAAAUCCCGUGUGGUGCAGUUGUACAGAACCAACUUCACUGGAUGUUCUGCUGACAAACCUCAUCAAGGGGAAUCUGCUUCCCUCCGCUCUUCUCUGGAUAACAUCCCGACCAGCAGCAGCCAAUCGCAUCCCUCCUGAGUGUGUUGACCAGGUGACAGAAGUUCGAGGGUUCAAUGACCCCCAAAAGGAGGAGUACUUUCGGAGGAGGAUCACUGAUAAAAACAUGGCUAGCAGCAUCAUCUCACACAUCAAGUCAUCAAGGAGUCUCUACAUCAUGUGUCACAUACCAGUCUUCUGUUGGAUUUCAGCCACUGUUCUAGAGAGAAUGUUGAGUGUAGCAGAGAGAGGAGAGAUCCCAAAGACUCUGACUCAGAUGUACAUACACUUCCUGAUUGCUCAGACCAAGCAGAGUAAUCAGAAGUAUGAUGGACAUAAUGAGAUGGAACCCUGGUGGAAUAAAGAGAGCGUUUUGUCACUGGGAAAACUGGCUUUUGAACAGCUGAAAAAAGGCAACCUGAUCUUCUAUGAGGAAGACCUGAGAGAAUGUGGCAUUGAUGUCAGAGACGCAGCAGUGUACUCGGGAGUGUGCACUGAGAUCUUUAGAGAGGAACAUGGCCUGUACAGGGAUAAAGUUUAUUCAUUUGUCCAUCUGAGCCUUCAGGAGUUUCUUGCUGCCUUAUACGUGUUUCUGAGAUACAGAAUCGACAAUGUCAAUGUGAUUCCCCAAAGGCAGUCCUUCCUUGCCUGGCUUUGGACAAUGGUCAGGGCAGUAUCUCUAUUCAGCUUACACAAGAGUGCAGUGGACCAGGCCUUACAGAGUGAGAAUGGACACCUAGACCUUUUCCUCCGCUUUCUUCUGGGUCUCUCCAUUGAGUCCAAUCAGAUUUUGGUAGAUACUUACUUUAUGCCAUUGAGAAAAAGUGGACUUUUGUCACAGAGAAUUAUGGAAACACCCCAAUACAUCAAGGAGAAGAUAAGGGAAUGUUCAUCCUCAGAGAGAUCCAUCAAUCUGUUCCACUGCCUGAAUGAACUGAAUGACCAUUCUCUAGUGGAGGAGAUCCAAAGCUACCUGAGGUCAGGAAGUCUCUCCAGAGCUGAACUCUCUCCUGCUCAGUGGUCAGCUCUGGUCUUUGUGUUACUGACAUCAGAGGAGGAGCUGGAUGUGUUUGACCUAAAGAAGUUCAUCAGAUCAGAUGAAUGUCUUCUUAGGCUGCUGCCAGUGGUCAAAGCCUCCAGAGCAGCUCUGCUCAACAUGUGUAACCUCACAGAGAAAAGCUGUUCUGCUCUAGGCACAGUUCUCAGUUCCAUCUCCUCCAGUCUGACAGAACUGGAUCUAUGUGACAAUAAACUGCAGAGUUCUGGAGUGAAGAUCUUGUCUGUUGGACUGGGGAGUCCAAAUUGUAAACUGGAGGUACUGAGCCUUUCAGAUUGUAGUGUAACAGAGGAAGGAUAUGCUGCUCUGGCUUCAGCUCUGAGAUCAAACCCCUCACACCUGAGAGAGCUGGAUCUCAGAGGGAAUGACCCUGGAGACUCAGGCGUGAAGCUGCUCUAUGAUUUACUAGAGGAUCCACAAUGUAAACUGGAGACACUGAGACUAUUGAAAAGUCCUGUUGCAGAGGAGGCCUGUGCAUGUCUGGCUUCAACUUUAGGUAUAAACCCCUUACUGCUGAGAGAGCUGGAUCUGACUGAGAACAAACCAGGAGACACAGGAGUGAAACAGCUUUCUGCUCUACUUGAAGAUACACACUGUAAACUGGAGAAACUGAAAAUCAGUAAUUGUGACCUGACAGAGAAAAGCUGUUCAGUUCUUGUCACAGUUCUAAGCUCAAAUGCCUCCUGUCUGAGAGAGCUGGACCUGAGUAAGAAUAAUCUGCAGGAUUUAGGAGUGAAGCUGCUCUCUGGUGGACUGGAGAAUCCACACUGCAAACUACAGACACUGAGGCUUUCAGACUGUAGUAUAGGAGAGGAGGGAUAUGCUACUCUGGCUUCAGCUCUGAGAUCAAACCCCUCACACCUGAGAGAGCUGGAUCUCAGAGGGAAUGAUCCUGGAGACUCAGGAGUGAAGUUGCUCUCUGAUUUACUAAGGAAUCCACACUGUGCACUAGAGAAACUGAGGCUACUAAAAAGUCCUGCUGCAGAGGAAGUUUGUGCUGCUCUGACCUCAGCUCUUGGUAAAAACCCCUUACUGCUGAGAGAACUGGAUCUAACUGAGAAAAAACUAAGAGAUUCAGGAGUGAAGCAGCUCUCUGCUUUGUUGGAGGAUCCUCACUGUAGAUUAACGAGACUGAAACUUUCAGACUGUAGUGUAACAGAGGAAGGAUAUGCUGCUCUGGCUUCAGCUCUGAGAUCAAACCCCUCACACCUGAGAGAACUGGAUCUCAGCUACAGUAAACUGGGGGACUCAGGAGUGAAGCUGCUCUCUGCUCUACUUGAAAAUCCACAUUGUAAACUGGAGACAUUCAACUUGUCUAACUGCACUAUAACCAAAGAUGGCUGUAUUGCUCUGGCUUCAGCUCUGAGAUCAAACCCCUCAUAUCUGAGAGACCUGAAUCUGGGCUACAAUAAACUAGGAGACUCAGGAGUUAAACUGCUUUCUGCCUUUCUGGAGAACCCACAGUGUAAACUGGAGAAAAUGAAUCUUCGUGACUGUUGUAUAACUGAACGAGGGUGUGCUACUCUGGCUUCUGCUCUGAGAUCAAACCCCUCAAAUCUUAGAGAGCUGGAUCUGAGCUACAAUAAACUGGGGCAAUAUGGAGCAAAGGCGCUCUCUGCUCUACUGAAGACUUCUUGGUGUAAAUUACAGAAACUACAUCUGUAUAACUGCAGUAUAACAGAGGAGGGCUGUGUUGCUCUGACUUCAGCUCUGAGGGAAAAUCCCUCACACCUGCGAGAGCUUGAUCUGAGUCAAAAUAAACCAGGAGACUCAGGAGUGAAGAUGCUCUCUGUUAUGCUAAAGAAUCCACUCUGUCAACUGGAGACACUUAAGCUGUGUAAGUGCAGUAUAACAGAGGAAGGCUGUGCUGUCCUGGCUUCAGCUCUGAGUUAUAACCCUUCACACCUGACUGAGCUGGAUCUGAGUCGGAAUAAAUUAGCAAACUCAGGAUCAAAGCUGCUCUCUGCUGUUCUGAAAAAUACACGCUGUAAACUGAGAAAGAUAACGCUGAAGUCCUGCAGUAUAACAGAGGAGGGCUGUGUCGCUCUGACAUCAGCUCUGAGUGUAAAUCCCUCACACCUGCGAGAGCUUGAUCUGAGUCACAAUGAACCAGGAGACACAGGAGUGAAGAUGCUCUCUUUUCUACUACAGAACCCAUACUGUAAACUGGAGACACUUAAUGUGCUGAGGGCUCUGGCCAAUGAACGGGCAGCAAAUCCUCGACAUCCAACCUCUAUCAGCAGACACGGCGAAACGGCGAGCAAACUACAGGAAGUAGAGCAACUACUCGGUCGCCUACACUGA